UUCAGAUUUGCGUAAAAACACAGCAGCAUCGCCGAACUCCUUCAAGUCAAAGCGCGGCAUGGUGGCACCUCCUCGUCGGCUUCAGAACCCGGGCGCAAGUUUCCUGCUUGGACAAAGAAAGAAGGAAAAACAGGGAAGACUUUAAUAGAAGACAAAGAGAAAUGUUCAGAACCAUCACCCGUCUGUUUUUUGGGGGAGAGGAGGAGACCCCCAAAGAGGUCAAGUCUGGAGAAGUGCUGGAAGAAGGAUGGCUUGUUGUCAAUCAUCACGAGACAAGUUCAGCAGAGAACCAGGAUGCAGAGCUGACGGAGAGCCUACCCGAAAUCUCUCCUCCUCAUGGAGACACAGUUACAAAGAUGGAAACUGAUACAAGUGUGUCAGAUACAGAGCCCACAGCUCAGAGCAGCAGCAGUGGAGACGUCUCUGGCUCUUUUUCUCAGCCAAAAGUCCUGGCAGAGGUCGCGCAGGUAACCUGCGUCCAGAAGGCCAAAGCCUGGACAGAGCGACACCACAUGUCCCGUAACGCCAUCCAGCGCCAGAACCGUGUUCACCAAGGAGUCCAACACCACUCCUUCAACCUCCAACAGCCAGGGCAUCGCAACCUCAGCCACUAAACCAGGAUAUGAAUGUAAAUCAUUCACAUUAAAACACGAUAUAACACACA